AUGGAGAAUAUCUACAUGUGGGUUUUCAAGGAAAAGCCUGAGAAUGCUCUGGGUAAGAUGCAGCCGCAGAGUUAUAUGAAUGGCCAUUCUCGUCAAGGGGAUCGACCCUUUCCAUUUAGUGUUGAUAAAGGUUUUGUUCAAUCCCAUAGGAUGCAACAUAAGCAUUGCAGGGGUCUGUCUAACCCUCAGUGUAUUCAUGGCAUUGAGGUUGUUCCUUCACCCAAUCUCACGGAUCUUGAUGAAGAUGACUGCAGAAGAUGGGCAGAACUCACUGGAAGGGACUCGAACUUUACCAUCCCACUUGAAGCAAGGAGGUCGAAGUCACUGGAAGGGGUAUGUACUGUGCUGCAGCAGGAGUGCCAGCCUGGGGAAGCGUUGGUGGAAUGGAGGUCUUCCGAGCAGCUGGAAAAUAGGAUCCCAUCAACGUCGCCCCCUUACUGGGAUAGCAGUGACGAUGAUGACGGUAUGUCAUUUGUCCCCUUCAGGAUACUUGGAAUCCAUGUUAAUGAAUUCCUUUUGUUGGUUCUAUUUUAG